AUGUCCUUAUCAUACAUUGGCCAACAAUGUAUAAUCUAUGGCGGAUCAGUUUUCCUCAUCGGCGGAUUAAUUGGUAAUACAAUUAAUAUACUCAUAUUUUCAAAAGUUCGCAAAUAUCGUCAAACACCAUGCACCUUUUAUUUUCUCGUUGCUUCUAUUGCCAAUCUGAUUUACAUCUCAUUUAACUUUACCACUCGUAUCUACAGCAACAUUAUCGGAUACGAUUUAUCCAAUCUAUCGAUAGCUUGGUGUAAAACUCGACAAUUCCUCAUCGUUGCAUUCAGCAUGAUCACACUAACCAAUUCUUGUUUAGCAACCAUCGAUCAAUUUUUAGCCACAUCAAAACAUGUCCAUUUUCGAAGGCUCAGUAAUAUGAAAUGGACAUAUCGGCUUAUUACUUUUGUCAUUCUUCUUUGGUUUCUUCAUGCCAUUCCAUGCCUGAUCUUCUACAAUGUUCCAUCCAGUACAAAAAAAUGUGCGAUCACUCAUCCGAUUUAUGCAGUUUACAAUCGCAUCUAUCUUCUCGGUUUACUUUGCCUAAUGCCAAUAAUGGUCACAACAAUAUUUGGAUGUUUGACUUACUAUAACAUUCGUACAACACGCGGUCUUGCCGGACAAAAUGUGGAUCGUCAAUUGGUAAAAAUGACUUUACUUCAAGUGUUUCUGAUCGUUCUCAGUCUGGCACCGUAUGGUUUGCUGAGUAUUUAUAGUUUAAUAACCGAAAAUUUCGUUAAAGACUCCAAUCGAUUAGCACAAGAAAAUUUUGUGCUGACAAUUUUUACUUUAAUGACCUAUUCGUAUUAUUCGGGUAAUUGUUAUAUGUUCUGGUUUUCUUCAAGUCAAUUUCGACGACGAGUUAAACGUGUAAUUUUACUUUGGCGAACAAAUCAUCAAAUAGUUCCAUCGGAUGUUCGCGGAUCAAAGAUAGUUACACGGUGA